UCUUUCAGUUAACCAGUGUUGGUGAAUGUCUGCCAUCCAAGGCCCACAUGUGGAGAGAGACACGCUCAGAGCUCAGAGUCUGCUGCUGUUGGCACGCAUGCGCGAAGCUGUCGACGCUUUCGAAACCGAGCCAAAAGACCAAAGAGGCCAGCAGAGCUCGGCUUUGGCUGGCUGCGGCCACAAUUUGUGAAUCAUAUUCAGAGUUUUCAGUCGUUGGCCGCUCGUUGAAGCAACUAGUUUCGUAUAACGCGCAUUCGAAUGCGAUUCGAAUUGUAUUCGUAAACGCAGAUCGUUUUCCAUUAAAGCUUUUCAGUGUGUGCAAGUGCGUGAGUGUUUUUUCGUUCCACUAGGAAGUUGGCAGCCAAAAAUCUGAACGAAGCUAACAAAAACUAACAAAACAAACGACGCGACGUUUCGCCCCUUCGAAUCACAAAAUUAAUCAAAAUAAAUAUUAAAUAUAGUUGAAGAAAAUGAAUUUCUUCGUUAUUGGAUUCCUGAUCAUGCAAGCGGCAAGAUUGGCUUGCGGGACGUGCGUUUUUAUGUCCGAUUUCGGUUUCACACUCGAUUGUAACUUCAAAAAGUCUGGACUGUUUCGUGUACGAAACUUGGGUGGCGUCAAGGCGCAUUUCGGUUUAGGUCUGAGCGUGGGCGACGAGCUGGGCUUCAAGGAGUCGCUGAGCAACGUGGAGAGCGAUCGCCGGCGCGCCAUUAGCUACAGGAAUGGGGCGGCGCCAGAGCUGGUGGGCGUGCUGCCCUCGGCACGACAGCAGGAGGCCACUGCACCCAAGCAGCUCAAUCUGGCGGACAAACGCAUCAGUUCACGGUCCACAGCGCCCGGACCCUACAAUCUGCAAUUGCUGCAGCAGGCGGCGGUCAAGAAUCAAGCGCAGCAGCAACUGCAGCAACUGCAACAACUGCAACUACAACAACAACAGCAGCAGCAACGGCAGCAGCAGCUCAUGACAGAGGCGCGUCCGCUGCCCAUGGGCGUGCCCGCCUUUCGGCCCAUACCAACGAAGCCGGCGGGCAACGAGGCCAUCGCCCAGCGUCGCAUUGCCGUGGACUCGACGCAGCCGCGCGUCAGCGUCAACAACAAGCUGGUCAACAGCAAUGCGAAGCCGCACUCCAAUCGCACAUUCCAUGCGGACAAUGCCAUGGUCGUGCAGCCGGUUGUCUCGCAGCCCGUGGCCGUGCCGGUCUUCCAGGCCAUGCCCGAGUCCAUUUCACGCAUUGCCAAUGCAGCCAAGUCAGAGCCGGCACGGCCGGAGCAGCGCAGCGGGCUGGUCAAGCAUCCCAACUACUUGCAGUUCGAGGAGCCCAAGUUUGACCUGAAGGACGUCACCGUCGAGGAGCUGGCGGCGGCCGCCAAUGUCACCGUGGACACCAUCAAGCAUGCCAUCUAUGUGCGCGAGCAGCAGCUCAAGGCGGAGCAUCGUGCCAUGCUGGCCGCCAAGCUGCGCGAGGAGUUCAUUCGCACGUCCACAGUGAAGACAACGACGACGACGUCGACGACCACGGAGCGGCCCAGGCAACUGGCGGAGCACAAAGUGUCCAAGGUCAUGAAUGCGCCCAAGGAGUACUACCCGGUGGGCUACGACAAGAACUUCGAUGACAACUUCAAGUCGAAAGUGGAUUUGCCGCCCACGAGCUUCUCCUGCGCCCGCCAAAAGCACUUUCCGGGCCUCUACGCGGACACGGAUCUGGGCUGCAUGGUCUUUCAUGUGUGCGCUCUCACGGACGACGGCAUGGUGCGCAAGUCCUUCCUGUGCCCGGAGAACACGCUCUUCGACCAGACCAUACUCAAGUGCAAUUGGUGGUUCUACGUGGACUGCAGCUCCAGCACCAGCGUCUACGACUCCAAUAUACCCAUCUCGAAGAGCUACCAGCUGAUGAAGUCCCUCACCUACUUCUCCAAGUACAACAGCCAGAAGACCGAGCAGACUGGCGACAAGGAUGACAAUGCUGUGGACAUUGACACGUUGCGUGAGUCCAUGGACAGCGUCUCUCGCCGCCUGGAGCAGGCGAAGAACGCCCAGACUCCGUUGGAGGAGGUGCAGCAGCCGGCGCAGCCCAAGGCCGAGCACGAGCACGUUGUGCCCGAGGGCGAGAGCCAACAGCAGUUGGCCGACUAGACCCAGCUAAGACCAUAGUUAGUUGCUAUCUGAGAUCUAGGUUAAGUUCAAGUUCAAGAUCGAGCGUCUCUGGUCGAUUUGCCGUACAUAGUCAAUGUCUUGCGAAAGCCAACGGGGUUGUCUGUCGUCUCUGGCCAAUCAUUAAUCACUCCUUCCUCUGGCAGCGCCCGGGCAUAGGCGCGGUCCUAGCUGUAGUCUCUACCCUAUAUCGUUAAGUGGAUCAUAUCUAGUUUAAACCUACGUAAUCUAGUGCAAAUUCUAAGUGUUUGUGUGACUUGUGCGGUUAGUUUUACCUUCUAUAUACAUACGUUACUUAUUUAUUUAUUAUAUUUUUCGACACAAU